CUCACUCCCAACCCUCACCCCAAAACCUCACUUCAUAGAAGUAAGAGGUGUAGCCUUUUCUUCAAAAAAAGGAAAGAGUAGAAUUUUCUUCAAAAAACAAAAAGAAAGAAAAAGAAAAAGAAAAAAGGGGACCGGAUUCACCAAGGCAAACAAAGCGUCAACACAGCAAACGACCAACACACGAAAGGGUUGAAAUUAGGAAAAAAGCGAAUAGUGUAAGCUGAAAGAUGAAUGCAUCGAAAGGUAUGAAGGAGGGAGAAAAAAGGAUUAUUGAAGAAGAAGGGAAGUUGAUAUUUGGGAGCUACACUGAUGAAGAAAUGUUAGCUCAGCUGAAAAUACUUGCACUAGAUCCUUGUGAUUCCAAUGUAUCACGUCCUAAAAUUCGGCCGUUAUGGAAUCAGAUGCUUAAAGUGCGAGAUGCAAUGGCUCUUGCUGAUAAUGACAUAUCCUGGAGGAAAAGAAAACUUCAACAAUUUGUCAAAGGUCAGUUGAGAUCUCCUCCUGGACUUCCGGCGGAGAAAUCUAACCAGAAAAGUAAAUCAAAACUAAGUAGAGGGCAUUUUUCUCAUGCCUCCGGUAUUUCAUGCUCGCUUAAUUCAAUUAACUCCGCAGAAAGUUCUGACCGAGAAGUUUUCUUGAGUUCUGAUAGUGCAUGUAGUUUACUAACAUUUGUGGGCAAUACUCAAGAGCAGUUACCUUCAGAACUCUCCCUCCACAAUGACGCAAUAGAUUUUGGUCCGAAAGGUUUCUCAUCCAUAGUUGAUUCUGAUGAGUCAGUAACUGGUUCAGACCUGUUGAGUCAUGAUAACCGGACUGCUUCCGUUGCCUCGUUGCUGACCUUGGAUGAUGCAGCUCAUAAUUCAAGCUUGUUGUCUGUGAAAGGAUCAAGAAGCAGACCUCUACAACCACCUCGUCAAUCCCCCAGGUUGCUGAACUUCAUUGGUGACCACCUUCAGAGAUUUGUUAUUCCAGUAGGUCCUCGUUUCCAAGCUGAUAUUCCAGACUGGACAGUCCCGGCAGACAAGGAUGACUCUGAAAAUUCAAGAUGGUUAGGCACCCGAGUCUGGCCUAUUGAGACUGGAAAUAUGGAAGUGUCUUCUAGAGCAAUUGGAAAAGGGAGACUUCACUCUUGCUCUUGUCGGUCUCCAGGAACCACUGUCUGUGUCAAACGCCAUGUUUCUGAGGAAAGGCGAAUUCUGCAACGGGACCUUGGUCCUGCUUUCUUCAGUUGGAAAUUUGAUGAAAUGGGGGAGCAAGUUUCAAAGGCAUGGUCAUCGAAGGAGCAAACGACCUUUGAGUCACUGGUCAAAAGGAAACCACAACUAAAUGGAAAGAACUUUCUGAAAUACGCAUUAAAGUCAUUACCUCAAAAGACUGCGAAGACCAUUAUCAACUAUUACUUCAAUGUUUUCAUCCCGCGACAAUUGAGCUUACAGAAUAGAUCAUCCAAUAAAUUAGUCAAUAUUAGUGAUGAUAUUGCUGAUGACAUCAACGACAUAUACUUGCACAAAGGAAGUGAAGGCCAGAAUCCUGAGGGUUUGAAAAGUCAAUACUUACGUCGGCUAAUUUAGUCCCUGGCGUCCUCUAACAGUUUUGGGAUUACUGAAGGAUUUGCUUCGUAGCCUGAUGGAUUACAGUAUUCGCGCUUCCUCCUUCAGGAAUUUUGAUGGGAGCAGCCCUUUAAGUACAAGUAUGAAAGUUUAAUCAUGUUAAUAUUAGUUGUUAAUGGUAAUUUGUUUAGCCUCUUUUGGUCUAUGGUUAGUUCUCCAUAUAUUUGAGUAAUGGAAUGUCUAAAGAGUAAUAUUCACAAGAAUUGGGUAGCAUGAAUUGUUAUUGACUAUUGGGUUUAAUUUCUGCAACUUCUAUGAUGAAUAGAGAUUAAUUAGACUUUCGUUUGAGAA